AUGGAUGGGAGAGAAGGGAUUAAUGUACAAGGCUCAUCUUCGUACUUCCUCAACAAUAGAGAUGGGUUUGGUGGUACCGGGCCUUUUGUCCGUGGCCCGGACGGGGGUUUACAGGUGUCGCAUCCCAUUUACAAGAAUCUCUCUAACCACCCAAACAUCUCAUUGCACCCAAAUGCAGGGAUCACUGGGAAUGAUCCUGUGAGUGAGUCCUCAGCAUUUCGUGUUGAGAACUCAUCGCUUAAUAAUGAUAUAAGCAGUAGUAAUAAUAAUAACAGUUACACUCAAGGAAUGAGCAUAGCUGUUGUGCCUGGUGGGUCCCAUGGAGGUGUUGAGACGACGGAGAAGAAGAAGAGGGGUAGGCCCAGGAAGUAUGGGCUUGAAGGGUCACCGAAAGUAACUUUGAAACUAUCCUCUCCUGUUCCGAAAAUGCCCUCGUCUAGUGAUCCAAACACUUCUGGGGAAAAACCGAGAAAAGGGAGGCCGCCUGGAACUGGGUGGAAACAGAAACUUGCUCAUCAUGGCGAUUGGAUGAACAGCUCAGCCGGGCAGGCUUUUACACCCCAUGUUCUUCAUAUAGGAGUUGGAGAGGAUAUUGCGGCAAAAAUAUUGGCAUUUGCACAACAGCGAUCGAGAGCUUUAUGCAUAAUAUCGGGGAGUGGAUCGGUUUCUUUGGUGACCCUAAAGCAACCUGAAACUCCUUCUAGCACUGUAACUUUUGAGGGUCGUUUUGAGAUCCUUUGUUUGUCGGGUUCUUAUUUGGUGGCUGGGAAUGAUGGUUCGAGCAACCGGGCUGGAGGUAUAAGCAUAUCUUUGUGCAGUCCGAAUGGCCAUACGCUUGGGGGGGCAAUAGGCGGCAAGCUUAUUGCAGCCAAUAAUGUUCAGGUGGUGGGGUGCAGCUUUGUGUACGAUGCUACGAAGGGAAAACUGAGACCCGAGUCCCAAACGGAUGAACGGAAACUUCUAGAACAAUCUUCGGAAAAACCGUACACCCCUUAUAAUGCUGCCACUGGCCAAAACACUAAUUCAGGACCAGGUGAUUGGCAGCUAAGCUCACAACGGGAUGUGGAAAGCUCUCAAGAGGAUUUUGACCUCUCUCGUGGAUGA